AUGGACGCAGAUUGGGAGUUGGAAGAGGGUAUUCCUCAGGUUGAGGAUCCCUUUAUUCAGAAGUAUCUGAAUGGUCGCAGUUCCUUGAUCGCCCAGGAACAGAAACAACGUCAUGAUGCCAACCUCCGAAAAUCCCUAUCCCCCAUCGCCGACAGAGCAUGUCGAAUCGUCUCCAAGAUUCGCGCCCGCGAGCGGAGGCAGGUCUGGUCGAAGGAACUCAACGACCCCAGGGACGACAACGAGACCGCUCAUCAAGCGGAUGAGAUUUUAUACCCGGGAGUCAUGUUCCAUCUGGCCAGAAACCGGAUGGAAAAGACCAAGCUCUGGAAAAUCGUUCAGUGCAUGCCCAAGGGCUCAUUGCUUCAUGCCCAUCUCGAUGCUAUGUUCGACAUAGAUUUCUUAAUCGACCAGGCCUUCUCUACGCCAGGAAUUCAUCUAUGGGCUCCUCAGCCGUUGCGGUCACAAAAGGAUUUCGAUGAGGCGCCGUUUUACUUCCGGUAUGUGUCAUCGCCGACAAAGGCCGGAGAAGAACCGGUUUGGUCUGAGAAAUACAAGCCUUCCUCGUUGAUUGAUAUUCAUGCGGCUGCUGCGUCAUUUCCAAACGGAGGAGAAGCGGGCUUCCGAACCUGGCUGAGGAGUCGAUGCGUUUUGACACCUGGGCAUUCAUUCUACCACUACCAUGGAGUCGAUGCCAUCUGGGCCAUCUUUCGUCGCACAUUCCCCGUCAUCAACUCGAUUGUCCAAUACGAACCCAUUUUCCGUGCGUGUCUGCGUCGUUUGUUGGGACAGCUCGCGGCUGAUGGUAUCCGAUACGUAGAUUUCCGAGCCGCGUUCGUCUUCGAAUAUAGACGUGAAGGAAGUGAGACGCCCGAGCCGGACUAUAUUGAAUGGUGUCGUGUCUUCAAGGAUGAAAUUGGGAAAUUCCAAUCCACCGAAGAGGGAAAGAAUUUCUACGGAGCGAGGAUUAUCUGGACUACCCUUCGCACGUUAUCCAACAAGAUGAUUACUGACAGUAUGAAACAAUGCAUCGAGACCAAGCAGACCUUCCCAGACCUUAUUUGUGGAUUUGAUGUGGUUGGACAGGAGGAUCAAGGACGAACGCUGGUCGACCUCGUCCCCAUCCUGUUCUGGUUCCGAAAGCAGUGUGUGGAAGAGGAGGUGGAAUUGCCCUUCUUCUUCCAUGCAGGAGAGUGCUUGGGUGACGGGGAUAGUACGGACAACAACCUCUUUGAUGCUGUCCUGCUGGGUACCCGAAGGAUUGGACACGGAUUCUCGCUGUUCAAGCACCCCUUACUUGUUGACCUAAUUAAGGAAAAGCGCAUCCUUGUCGAAUGCUGUCCCAUCUCGAACGAGAUUCUUCGACUCACUCCCACGAUUCAAACCCACCCCCUUCCCGCUCUGUUGUCUCGCGGCGUGUCGGUCGCGCUCUGCAACGACGACCCUGCGAUUCUAGGUCACGGCCGGAACGGGUUGACGCAUGACUUCUGGCAGGCUCUGCAGGGGUUGGAUAACAUGGGUCUCACGGGACUGGCCACAAUGGUGGAAAAUUCGAUCCGAUGGAGUUGUUAUGAGGAUCAGACGACGCCCGAGUGGCUAGCGGACAUUCGUGACGGUAUGCUGGGCGACGGGACCAAGGCUGCUCGUUUGCAAGAGUGGUAUAGGGACUUUGAGAAAUUUUGCGAGUGGAUUGUUCUGGAGUUUGCUGAGGAGGACAUUGAUGAUUGA